CCCACACCCCGCUGUCCGCCCUCCCAGACACGCUCCUUCCCCUGAUAUCAGGCUCUUUGCCCUUUGAUAUUCUGCCUCUAUCUCCCCUCUAACAUCCCCACGACCCUCAGCGCCUACGCCUGCGCCUCAUCAACAGAUCUUAAUAGUCGUCUCCACCGCUUUAGUCGCAGAUCAGGGAGUUGCAUAGGACAGACACCCCACUGAACAUUGUCUAUUCAUUACUGGUCCAAUACAAUGAUUUCUGCACGGCUCCUACUGUUCUUCUCCUGUAUCUUUGUUCUCUUUGCCCUAGUCUCCGCCGCACCCGUGGUCCCAAUCGAGAAUCUUCUUGAACGAGCUGCCGAACCCCAAGGUGGAUUUGGUGGCUUUAACAAAGACUGGAAGCGCGAGCCGCAGAAUGGUAUGGGUGGAUCGUCAAAGGACUGGAAGCGUGAACCACAGAAUGGCAUGGGUGGAUCAUCAAAGGACUGGAAACGUACCCCACAGAACGGCAUGGGUGGAUCAUCAAAGGAUUGGUGAUCGCACUGCUUUCAUGAGGAUCCUUUCAAGCCAGUCAAGUUAUCGUCAUUCUUUGGGAUUCGCGCUUAUGGAUUAGUUGGGAUUCUGUGUGGAUUUGUACAUCUUAGUUGCAUUGUUGUUGUGCUAUAUCUCCCACUGUCGUCUGCUCUCAUUAUUUCUAACAAUGCCAAAUUUCUCUGUGUUUCGUAGUACUUUCCCACUUUACUUUACAUUUUCUUCAUUUGACUGCAAGUUAUCAGUCAAUGUGCUGUUGCGUUUUCGCAGUUUCUCCUUUUUUAAAAAUGGUCGUCUUUCUUCUGGACUUUGUCCCGCACGUAAUACACUUCCCUCUUCGUCAAUACAAUUUCGUCUUCGGACGCUUACGGUCUUUACGGAAUGUCUCAAUUCUGAAUCCAUCAUUUUCUUGUUCUUCUAAGACUGUCGUCUGCGAAGUCAAGUAAAUCAUCAUUUCGACCAGCAUGAUGCCACAUUAUGUCAAAGGCGUUAAUGUUUGAUUUGUAUGUUAUCACUUUCAAACUUUCCUGUUCCCAACCUGCUUCGUUCUGUCCUGCUCCGAACUUCGGAUCUUUAUUCUUUUUAAACUUUUUUUUUCGAUCAAAGUUCCGAUUUUGUGCAGUAGCUCCCUUCACUAGACAAUGUAGAAAUUUCUCAGGCCCAGAGGCUUGGGUGUGCUGCGGGCUGAUUUCUCUUGCACACGCCUGUCGUCUUUAUCUGCA